AUGGCGCCCAUCCCCGAGGUGCGGGUCGCGCUUCCUGGCGACGUUGUCCGGCGGUCUCCAAAGCGACCGGCGGAAGUGUUUGAAAGCCUGGUCCGAUUUCUGGACCUGAAAGGAGAGAUGGGUAACGACCAGACGGGCGACGCUCAGAUGAGCGUCCUGAGCGUCUUGAGCUCUCGUGAGCCGGAGCCGCUCGGCCCGGGCUCGGACGGCCGAUCUACCGACGAGCCGGGCUCGCCGGGCUGGCUCGAGGUGGACCUGAUGCUCGAGUUCGUCGUCUUCCGCUUGGUGGUCAGAGUCUUCGAUGCCCAGCUGACUGGGACCGGAACCGCCGGGACCCUCAUCUCCUUCAGGGACCUCCUUGGACAGGCCUUGGGGUUGGGGGGGGGAGGGCUCGUUGCGGCUGUUCCUGAGCUCCUGCUUCUCCUACGCUUCAAGCUCUGCACUUUGGAGGAUGCUCUUAGAUUCAACAAGCUCGUUCACCUGAUCGAGCAGGGGGCCCUGGCCGCGAAGGAGAAGGAAACACCGCGUGAGCACGAAGUCGACUUUGAAGAGGAGCCUUUAGAGCCUGGCUCGGGCUCGGAGCCUGAGACGACUGAGCAGACGCUGGAGGCAGUGCUGACGCUGAUGAGAAGUUGCUUAGAAUCCCAGAAGUCGGCCCCGGAUGCAGCACAGAUCUUGGCUUUCUGGGCGCACGACAGCCCACGAACUCGAUCCAAGAUCGCCCGAGCAGCCGCGCAGCAGAACGUUGUCCAAGCUCUGCGACAGAGCAAGCAGAAAGCAGCUUUGCAACAGAGCACAUGCAUCACACCCGAAGAGUUCGCGGCUUUAAAACCGGAUGCCAUGCGAUCUGAUGCCACACCACUGGCUGGCCUUACGGGUAUCACUCGCGCGAAGCUCGGAGACCCGUACAGCCCUUGCGAAUCCGAGGAUCUCCCGAAAGCCCCAAGUGACGACGGCACGGGCACGGCAACUGCCUCACCAAGCUCUUCGCAAAGCUGCUCUCUUUCACAAAACCGGCGAUCUUGCAGUGACGUUCUGUCCAGCGACUAA